CACAUCACCGCCCGCACCAAAUAUGUGCACAGGGAGGGGGCCGGGCACAAAGCCUUGGGGCUGGUCACCCCCCGGCUGCGCAAGGCACCUCCACCCCACAACAUCACCAUCUACUUUGGCUCCGCGUACGUGGCCGUCACCCGGCCCUUCGUGGAGUUCGUGCUGCGGGACCAGCGCGCCAUCGAUCUGCUGGCAUGGUCCGAGGACACCUACAGCCCCGACGAGCACUUCUGGGUGACACUCAACAGGAUCCCAGGCGUCCCGGGCUCCAUGCCCAAUGCAUCAUGGGAAGGUGACCUGAAAGCGGUGAAGUGGAUUGAUAUGGAAGAGCGCCAUGGAGGUUGUCAUGGCCAUUAUGUCAGAGGCAUUUGUGUAUAUGGAACAGGUGACCUCAAGUGGCUUUAUAACUCCACCUGUAUGUUUGCAAAUAAGUUUGAGCUUAAAACAUACCCCCUGACUGUGGAGUGCCUGGAGCUGAGACAUCGGCAGAGAACCUUGUCCCAGAGCGAGGUUCAGGUGGAACCCAACUGGUAUUUUUAG